AUGUCUAGAGGUCCGCUUCCCUCACAACUGUGUCUUCUCUCAGACCUGUCAUCAAAGUCGCCAGGUGAGAAAGUCAGGUUCUUAGGCUGCGUCACCUCAUACUUGACACACUCGGCGGUGCUGACACUGGAGCACGGCUUCCCCAAGGAAUCUAACACCAUUGCUUUGGUUGACAUUCGGCUCCUGCUUGGCAUUGUGAAGUCGAGUCAAACGCAAAUAGGCGAGUGGGUGAACGUGGUUGGCUAUGUCACGCCGCCGCCUCCGGGGACGCGGGCCAAAGGGACGACCCGCGAACCACAGAAAGUAGCCAUCCAAGCAUUAGUGCUCUGGUCAGCCGGCCCUCUCGAUCUUCAACGGUACGAGAAUUCCUUUGCAACAACUUGA